AUGAAGGUCCCCGACAUCUUGAGUCCGAAUUGCGACUGCUCAAGAGGAGAAAGCAUGACAGUAGAACAUGUUCUACUGAAUUGCCCAAAGUGGUCUACAGAGAGAGAAGAGCUCAUACACCCUCUUCGUACGACCGACAUCAAGAAAAUCCUGACCUCUAAGAGGGGAGCGAAGGCAGCCAUCAGGAUGAUUCAGCGCACGAAGAUCCUAGACCAGUUCAAGAGGGUCGUUGAUCAAGACAUAGAACAACGACCGCGGGACGAGAAUCGAGAAGAGGGGGAGGAGGCCAGAACGAAGGAGGAGGAAUAA